AUGCUAUCUUUUAGCAAGACACGCUCAUGCGUGCAAUGGACAACAUCAUACUUGGCUGGAAGUUUGAAUAGAGCACGUCCAUUAUCAUCAUCCAACAACAUAAUCAAUAUUGUACCAUUUAACAACAGCAAUACAUUUAUAAGAUCAUUCACAUCAUGCGCUAGCAGUAGAACUAGCAACAACUCGAGGAGGAUCAACAACUCUUCACAGUUAUUCACACACCUAAGUGCCAACAAUGCACCUAGCUCAUUAUUCUUUAAUUCAUCAUCUUCCUCCCAUUACACUACCAGCGCAUCAGCUGCUUCGACAGCUCACCAGCAGCAACAAGUUGACAACUCACAACAACAUGGCAAGGGACAGACCAACAACAACAGUCAACAACAGUCAUCAUCAUCAUCAUUUAACUUACUAAAUUACAAGAAGACACUGUUGUUGCUAUUGUCUGGAUUGUCAUUGGCCGCGUAUAUUAAGAUGUUUCCAGACUCUGAGGCAGCACUGUACGCACGUAUCUUUAUGCGUUUCCAACGUGCCAUCAGGACUGCAUUGUUGGUAUCGAUCAAUUAUAAGAUGCUUGCGAGGACGCCACUGACAGACCCGAGCUAUCCCGCCAAGGAGAAGAUCUGUCAGAAGGAUUCGGCCGUCAAGAUAUUGGAACUAUGUCUGACCAAUGGAGGACUGUACGUCAAGGCCGGCCAGUACAUUGCGUCACUCAAUCACAUCUUGCCACUAGAGUACACCAAGACCCUUGAGGUACUCCAAGAUCAAGCACCAUGGAGGCAAUACGAUGACAUUGCUGUCGUAUUCAAAGAUGAUCUCGGUCAUUAUCCAGAGUUCUACUUUAAGGAGUUUGAGAAGACUCCAAUCGCUGCAGCAUCGUUGGCACAGGUACAUAGAGCUUGGACUAGGGACAAUGAUGAGGUGGCUGUAAAGAUACAGUAUCCAGACUUACAGGCUAACUUUGAGAGCGAUGUAUUCACUCACAAGAUCCUGCUCAAGAUGAUCAACUAUGCAUUCCCAGACUUUGAAUUCAACUGGAUCGCUGAUGAGAUGCGCAACGUACUUGUCAAGGAGAUGGACUUUGUCCAAGAGGCAGACAAUGCCGAUCGAACUGCCCGAGAUCUUCGCGACAAUCCAGACGUCCACAUCCCAAAGAUAUUCAGAGAUUACUCAAGUAGGAGGAUAUUGACAACAGAGUUUAUACAUGGAUGCAAGGUGAAUAGUGUGGAGAAGAUUAGAGCGCUGGGAUUGCGUGAGAAGGAUGUGGCACAGAAGUUGUUGGAGAUUGCAAGUGAACAGAUAUUCAUACAUGGCUUUGUCCAUGUUGAUCCACAUGCUGGAAACAUCCUGGUGCGUAGACAUCCCGACAAUCCAAAGAUGCCACAGAUAGUGCUGCUCGAUCAUGGCUUGUAUCGCGAGCUUGACGAUCAGUUCCGCCAGAACUUCUGCCAUCUCUACAAGAACUUGGUGCUGUGCAACAAUGAGAAGGUCAAGAAGUACAGUGCAUUGCUGGGCAUUGAGAACUACCAACUGUUCUCUACCAUUGUGCUCAUGCGUAGGUUUGAGACGGCCAGCGUUGGUCUUGGUACCAAGUUGUCCAAAGAAGACCUGCACAAGAUGAUGGACGAUGCCAUGGAGAAGAUGAAGGAGAUCAAUCAGUUGAUGAAGUCAAUGCCCAGACAUCUAUUACUCAUUCUAAGGAACAACAACUUGAUUCGAUCAAUCAAUAUGGACCUUGGAUCACCAAUCAAUCGAUUCUCAAUAAUGGCAAGAUACGCGACAAGAGGUAUUAAUAGCAAGAUUGAACAAGGAGGAUUCAGCAUGAGGAGGAUGGUGUCGAGGAUCAAGGAGAAGGUUUCGUUCGAAGCCAGAUUGAGAGGAUAUGAGUUCUACUAUUGGUUAAUGGCCAUCUCUCUUCGUAUUAUGCUGAGGCUUGGACUAUUCUCACCAGAGAAACAAUGA